AUGGCUUUCCGACCACUGAGACCCGCCACCUCGAGAAAACGACCCUCCGCAUCCCGUAAUACAUCUUCUAGUGACGAUGCUCGAUCCCCUGGUGCCGGUCCGAGUCGGGCACUAGCUAUACAGGCUUGCCUUGACUGUCGGAGAUUAAAGAUAAAGUGCGAUGGCAACUGGCCCAAGUGCUCAACGUGUACGACCAAGAACCGAGCCUGCGGCUACGUCGGCCGGGAGGGCCAGAGUCGAGCCACUGCUGUCAAGUCACGGCUCGAGUCUUUGGAAGAGCUGCUAGCUGCGCUGAAAACCAGUAGCCCGGAGCAGCUCUCCACGAUCCUAAACAGCAUACGAGAUGAUGACGACGCCGUCGGGGCGAUUGAGAGCCUUGCAAGUCAGACAGUUGCUUUGAACAGGCAGGAUGAGCAAUACGGUUUGUUGCUCCUGGCCAACAAGCUGACUUGCGAUCUCCGCCUCCUGCUUCCGGAAGCACCGGUUAUGAUGCGGGCGGUGAACUCAUUCUUCAGCUGCAGCGGCAAGCUAUUCCACGUCUUUUCGGAGACAUAUAUCCUGCAGUGCUAUCGCGCAAUCUUUGAUGAGUCUCAGGCCCCCUCGGAGCUUUUAAAGGCCAAGGUCUGCUGCCUGGCGGCGGUUGCUGCGGUAGGAGCCCAGUACUCGCCCGACACAAUCAGCAAGGAGGUGGAGGUGGGCUUGUAUAAUCUCGCUAGGCAUUUCCUUGAGGUCACGAUUGAGCAUGAACCUCUACACGCAAUCAAGGCCUGCGCCUUGUUUGCCCAGUAUAAUAUUAUGAACAAGGAGAUGGUGUCUCUCACAUACGUUGAAACUGGGCUGAGCAUGUGUCACAUCUACGGAAUAAACAACAGGGCUUUGCGGCCUGAUUCCAUACCCAGCGUGGAAUGGCGCGACCUUCGGAAUACAUGGAGAACUUUGAUAUUUUUCUCGAGCUGGCUCUCAUCAACACUUGGGUACAUCUCCGGGAACGCCUGGUCGGCCGAGAAAAGAGUGCUCGCUGACCUCAAGUUUGAUGAUGCGGACAAUAUCACCGAAGCAGUCGUGCAGACGGAAAUGGCGAGAAUAUGCCUUCUCAAGGCGGAAAUAUUGCGAAUGCAUUUGGUAUUCAAGGAUCUCACAAGCCUAGCUGUCGAGACCAUUAGGGGAGAUUUGCAAAGCUGGUACGGAGAGCUACCAGAAUCCAUGCGACUCGGAGUGACGGCACAUGAGGAUCUUCCGGUGGGAACUAAGCGAUCCAUCUUGCAUCUGCACAUGCUUUACCUAGGGGCCAUAAUGCUUCUCUAUCGCAGAGUAGCAACCCAGUUCUUGCAGUCCUACGCAGUUGGGGGCCUUGGCGGCAGCCUACACCUUCAUCCGCGCGAGGCGUUCGUCCAGCAAAGCGCAGAAGCUGUUCUCGCAGCCAGCACAUCAGCCAGCAUCGUCAAGCUACUUCUGGACGACGAUGGUGUCUUCAAACAUUGUUGGCUUGUCAUUUUCCAAACCUACACCGCUUGCACGAUUCUUCUCCAUUCUGUAAUCCAAAAGCAACUGCACGGCUUUGAGCCAUCGCGGUGGCAGGACGAUUUAGAAAGAGCCGAAGACUGCCUCUCGGUACUUGCCUUCUGCGGCUCCCAGGAUCGUGUCGCUGAACAAUUCCAUGAGCAGCUCGAGACCAUCUACCAGACAGCCUCGGCAUAUGUUUUCAGUAGCGAAUCAAACGGGGCUUUCAUGGAGACGGAUGACCAGUCAAUCCCUCUCCGGGCAGACAACCCUUUUACUCCAAUGGAUGAUGUCGGGGAAGCAAAUUAUGCCUAUCUCCUAGACAUUCCGCCUCAAGCAAAUGACUCACUCGUUAAGCUCUCAUUUAUCCUUCUCAUGAUGCUGGGCCAGCCCUUUGGCGACCGUGGCGCAAAAGAGGCCGCGGAAGUCAACUUGAAGGAGCAUUGGCUGGCGGAUCCCUCAAGGUACGAAUACCCGCAGAUGGCAGAACGCGUGGAUUGGAAUAUAGAGAACAGGCGUAUGUUCCAGUGGGAUCUGAGCAAAUUGAACAUUCCCCCUUUGGAGGCGAUGAAGGUGGCGGGAGAGUCUAGUUCGUCAGAGGGCGCAUUAGACUUGGGCUUAUCGGACAGCAUGUCUGCAGGCACCUUUCUCGGCAGCUCUGAGCCGAGCGGAUGGACGUCAGCAGCGAGCCUAGCGAACCCGUUGAGGGAUAAUGAAAACAUGUGGGGAAAAUAG